UGCCGGGUCUUGUAGUAAUGUUUCUCGAGCCGUAGGGCUGGGCUGUAGCUCCGGAGUCGGCGGGCGCAGGAUGUGAGCUCACAGCUGAGAUUGCGGGCAGCCACAGGCCAGAGGCAGCACGGAGUCCGCUCGCCACUCGGCUGAGAGGAGAGGCACCCCCGCAGACGCACCAAGAGUAUGAGGCCCUGGCCUCUGUGGGCCACUCAUUCGUGACUACUUCCACCACGGCAGAGCCUUCCAAGCCCACCUCCUGCCGUGUGGUGAUCUACCUGCAGCGGGAGAUGUCAGGGGACACCUGUCUGUGCCCAGCCUCAGGGGCCAAGCCCAAGAUCAGUGGCUUCAAGGGAGGCGGGCUGGGCAACAAGUACGUGCAGCUCAAUGUGGGCGGCUCCCUGUACUACACUACAGUGCGGGCCCUCACUCGGCAUGACACUAUGCUCAAGGCCAUGUUCAGUGGGCGCAUGGAGGUGCUGACGGACAAAGAAGGCUGGAUCCUCAUAGACAGAUGUGGAAAGCACUUUGGCACCAUCUUGAAUUACCUCCGAGAUGACACCAUCACCCUCCCUCAAAACCGGCAAGAGAUCCAGGAAUUGAUGGCUGAAGCAAAAUAUUACCUCAUUCAAGGUCUAGUGAACAUGUGCCAGACUGCACUGCAGGACAAGAAGGACUCCUACCAGCCUGUGUGCAACAUCCCCAUCAUCACAUCCCUGAGAGAGGAGGACAGGCUCAUCGAAUCUUCCACAAAGCCUGUGGUGAAGCUGCUGUACAACAGAAGCAAUAACAAGUACUCCUACACCAGCAACUCUGAUGAUCACCUGCUGAAAAACAUUGAACUGUUUGACAAGCUGUCCUUGCGAUUCAAUGGCCGCGUGCUCUUCAUCAAGGACGUCAUUGGUGAUGAAAUCUGCUGCUGGUCUUUCUAUGGCCAGGGUCGUAAGCUGGCAGAGGUGUGCUGCACCUCCAUUGUGUAUGCCACCGAGAAGAAGCAGACUAAGGUGGAAUUCCCAGAGGCCCGAAUCUAUGAGGAGACACUCAAUGUCCUACUCUAUGAGACCCCUCGGGUCCCAGACAAUUCCUUGCUGGAAGCCACAAGUCGGAGCCGCAGCCAGGCUUCCCCCAGUGAAGAUGAGGAUACCUUUGAACUGCGGGACCGUGUCCGCCGCAUUCAUGUCAAGCGCUAUAGCACUUAUGAUGACCGGCAACUUGGCCACCAGUCUGCUCAUCGAGACUAAUGAGUCUGCUAUCCUGUGGAACACACCCCAUUGGCCACCCUAUGCUGCUCCUGCUAGCUGGGAGCCUGCUUUAGCAAGUAGCCGUACCAGGCCCUGCUUGGGAGAUCAGGGAGCCCAACAGAGGAAAGGCCACGUUGUCUUACCUGGUUCUCCUCCCCUAUCAGAUGCCACCCCACUUCCUGCCCAACAGGGAGCUACUUCUGCUCUAGGGUGAGUGCACUGACUUCCACCUCCUGCCAAGAACAUUCCCCCGGCCCUUGGCUGAGUGCCCCUUUCCUCUUCUGAAGAGCUCCUUCAGUUCCUCAGCUGAGGCCCAUCGGAGCAACUUUGUUCUACUGGAAAGGAGGCUUCUGGUGCUGCAAGGACCCAAUUUUGAAUAGAAAGGGCAGCCUUUUUUUUUCUUAGAUGUUUAAGCAUAGGUAUGACCUGAUUUUUUUUUUGUUGUUUGUUCUUAAAUCUAGAUGUUAACAUGGUGGCCUUGCCUAUAAUCCCAGCUAUGGAGAGGCUGAGGUAGGAUAUAAGGUUAUAGGCUAGCCUGGAUAAUUUAGCAAGACCCUGUCUCAAUAUAAAGUUUAAAAAAGAGGGCUAGUGGCAUAGUGGUAGAAUACUUACCUAGUAUGAGUGAGGUCCUGGGUUCAAUCCCCAGUACUGCCACACACACAAAGUAUCUAGGAAAUGACUAGUUUCAAGUCUGAUGAGGGACAACCUAGGACUAAGCAUUUGUUACCCCUGCAGGAUGCCAGCCCCCCACCCCCCACUCUACCCUUUUCAAUGCUCUAGGACUCAUCUUUAAAGCACUUUGUAUAUCUGUCAUUCAGGAGCCUAUUCUGCCUUGACUCAAAGCUUUUUCUGACACUAACCCCCUCUUGCAGAAUCUGAGGGAACGGAUAAAGAAGCAGUUAAUAGCCAGGUGUGCUGGCAUAUGCUAUAAUGCCAGCACUCAAAGGCUGAGGCAGGAGGAUCGUAAGUUUGAGGC